CGAGCACAUUCAGAUUCGACUUAAAGGAACUCAAUCUGGAUAGGAAGGAAUACUCAGUAUUUUAUUUGGAUGCUUCUGUUCUCAUUCUGAGUGAUUUUAUCGAUUCUGUCGUGGAAAGAUACACUAUUUGAAUUAUGAAGGAUAAAGUAUCUCAAGAGCUGUUAUGAACCUGUGACUUUUUUUUUUUGUAAUUAUUUAUAAACUGGCCGUGUAAAUCAUGCGAGGGUUUGCUGGAGUUCAGUCACGCAGUAAACCGAGCGGCUCUGCUCACAGGAUUUACCUGCUCUUCAUCUUACUGCUGCUCAUGUUCACUCCCAGUGCGGACUCGUCUUGGUGGUACAUUGGCGCGUUAGGUGCACGGGUCAUAUGUGACAACAUUCCAGGGCUGGUGAACAAGCAGAGGCAGCUCUGCCAAAGACACCCAGAUCUCAUGCAAUCCAUCGGAGAAGGAGCCAAAGAGUGGAUCCGAGAAUGCCAGCACCAAUUCCGACACCAUCGCUGGAACUGCAGCACGCUGGAGCGAGACCAUACUGUGUUUGGCCGCGUCAUGUUGCGCAGUAGCCGUGAAGCAGCAUUCGUUUAUGCGAUCUCCUCUGCUGGGGUGGUUUAUGCCAUCACCAGAGCGUGCAGUCAAGGAGAGCUGAAGAUCUGUGGCUGUGACACCAACAGGAGAGGCCGAGCGAGCGAUGAAGAAGGCGACUUUGACUGGGGUGGAUGUAGUGACAACAUCAACUACGGUAUCAAGUUUGCCAAAGCUUUUGUGGACGCCAGAGAGAGGAUGGUCAAAGAUGCCAGAGCACUGAUGAAUCUGCACAACAACCGCUGUGGGAGAAUGGCAGUAAAGCGUUUUAUGAAGACUGAAUGCAAGUGUCAUGGAGUCAGUGGGUCAUGUGCUCUCAGGACAUGCUGGCUGGCUAUGUCUGAUUUCCGGCGAACAGGGGACUACUUGAGAAAGAAGUACAAUACUGCUGUGGAGGUCACCAUGAACCAGGACGGUUCAGGCUUCAUGGUUGCUGACCGAGAUUACAAGAGAACGACCAAAAAUGAUCUAGUAUACACUGAGAACUCUCCAGACUAUUGUCUAAUGGACCGUUUGGCAGGUUCUCUGGGUACAGCAGGACGGGUGUGUAACAAGUCUUCCAGAGGCAUGGACGGCUGCGAGGUCAUGUGCUGCGGCCGCGGGUACGACACCACGCGUGUAAAUCGUGUGAGCAAAUGCGAAUGCAAGUUCAAGUGGUGCUGCGCUGUGGAGUGCAGGGACUGUGAGGAAAUUGUGGAUGUCCACACCUGUAAACCACAUAAGAAACCCGACUGGCUCGAUUUGACCUGACUGCCAUGACCAUGACCAAUCAGCAGCUACUGGUGCUUUUCUGUUCUCAGGUUUUUGAAGUGGGCCACCGCAUUGUGGAAUGUGUAGUUUCUGACUAUAACGCUCUGAUCUCCACUUGCAGAACCCUGAACUUUACCCGCCUUCAAUGAUGCAAGUACAGAGAUUACAGGCCAGUCUGGAGCACUGGUAGACGGUUGGUGUCAUGGGAAAUCAUACAAUGGGCAUUGUCUGGUGUUUAACAGAAUUAACUGUGAUCAGGACACAAUCCUUUCACUAUUUUCAAACUGUAAACACCUUUUACUGAUAGUAUAUGUGUCUAUAUACAUCAAAUUGUGUUUUUUGACAGCUUUGAUAAAUGCAUUGAUGGAGUUUUAGGGAAAGAACAAUAUACAGCAUCAGUUCAAGAUUCCCAAAGAACAUAGCAACAAAUCGCAUUUCACGACAAGAACAAUUCCACUUCAUGGUCCAAAAUAAUAAUUUGAAGGAUGCUGUAAAAAUGUUCAACAGUGAUAACUGUACUUCCCAUUUACUUCAAGGACCAUCAUUUUGAUACACAACUUAUGCGUGAAAGAAUUUGAUCAGUGAUAUUAGGCGCUUUCGCACCAGAGGAACCUUUUCAUAGUUCCUAGAACUACUGGCAGAAGUUCACACCACAGGAACUAGAACGUAUUUUGUUCUAGGAACUCUGUUUUUGGGGAACUAAAUUAGCUCCUACUUCAAAGUAGAGACUAAAACAGUUCUAUAGGAACUACCAGUGACAUAGUGUACGCUGAUUGGCCAAACACAUACAAAACACCGGCUACCCAACAUUUUUAAAAAGCCUUGAAACUCCACAAACAUGGAAAACAGCCAUAAUGGCAUUUACCUCUUGUUUGCAGAGUUCUUUUCUCAGCCUCAAUGAUUAACACUGCAAGUUGUCAUAGGAGAUUUAGUCAGAUUUUCAUGCUCUUUUAUUUGCUUAAAUUGUGCGUUUACAUUCCAUCUCUGUUAUCACAAAACCUGCAAGACACAACACAGCUCCGAUCACAUCAUCCUCCAUUCACCAGUUGUUGAUGUUUGUAAAUUACCACGAAUAAAGACGUCAGUGCUGGCCGCUUCAGAAUUCCUGCUGAUGAUGCAAAUGCAACCAGGAAAAUGGCCCAAGGGAGAAAUUGGUUCGCUAGGAACAACCAUGCUGGCUAGUUCAUAGAACAAAGUUCCAUAGAACUAUGCGGCGCAAAAGUGCUUAUUGUGUCAUUGUAUAUCAGAGAAAUAUAUCUUUCAUGUUAUCUUUUAAAUAUCUAAGCACUUAAACAUCCCUUUGAAUAUGAGCACUUUUUUUUUGGUUUGGUAUACUGGUUCCAAAAACUUGUCUACGAUCAGUAUCUCAGUAUUUUCCCUGAUGGAUUCUUCAGUGAAAUGUGAUGUUUAUUGAAAUAAAGAGUCCGAACCAUCAGA